AUGUGUAACAUCCCUAUCUUUGAGUCGGCUCUUAAAUCUGCAACUACUUUCUCAAUCAGUCGGCUCAAUCGAAGCUUCAUCUCUAUUCAGUCGGCUCAAUGGAAGACGACUAGUUUGAAGGCCAAAUCUGUUCCGUUCAAUCGAAGGCCAAACCUGCUCAAUCAUUGGGGACAAAAGGACAUUGUGGUGCUACUGGAAUUCAAGAAAAGAGUUCCUGAUGUUGCAGCCAAAAGAUCAGCUCCAGAUAACGAAGGUUCAAAUGGUAAAAUCAGACAUUGUUGCUUGUUGCUGUUGUUUUUGUUUCUGUUGCUGCUAUUGUUGUGCUCUUUUAGUUGUUGCUGCAGUUGA